UCGCAUUAGGUUUCGUAUACCAGGUGACAGAGAACGCAAGCUGGAAAAAGAUUGGGACAUUUAUCUGGUUUGAGAAUCUGUUGGUUUGUACUUUGCCAUGGAAACCCAGGUCAAUUGAGGAUGCCGAGGUGGCUAUGGGAGCAACUGGAAGCACAAAGAAACAACGUAAAUCACCUAUUCCAAGCAGUGUAGAGGGGGAAACCAACUACACAGGCAUGGCAGCCGACCCAAAAGACAACAUGCCAGAGUUUAAAGUCCAGACGGCCAAGCAUCCCAACAUGAGCUCAGCUCCCCUCAGGCCGCCCAGUGAACAGUCCAAGGACCGGGCAGCCAAAAGGCUGUCCUCGGAGUCCAACGGCACCAGCGAGGGUGGGGCGGGUGCGUCCACGCCCGUGGAGCUCACGGCGCUUGAGGAGUCGUUUAGACGCUUCGCCAUCCACGGUGACACGCGCGCCACAGGGAAGGAGAUGCACGGCAAGAACUGGUCCAAGCUGUGCAAGGACUGCGGCGUCAUCGACGGCAAGAACGUCACCCUCACAGACGUGGACAUCGUUUUCAGCAAAGUCAAGAAGAAAUCCUGCCGUACCAUCACAUUUGACGAGUUCAAGGCAGCACUUGGUGAGCUGGCCAGGAAGAAGUACAAAGAGAAAACAGGGGAGGAGGCAGAGGGAGAGGUCUUCAAGGUGAUUGAGGGUAAAUCACCGAAAAUUGCAGGAGUGACGAGAGCUGUGGCCUCCCCGACAGUGUCUCGUCUCACAGACCCCACCAAGUUCACAGGGUCACACAAGGAGCGCUUUGACGAGACCGGUCGAGGGAAGGGUAAGGCCGGGCGUGUGGAAGUGGUGGACACAUCCGGAUAUGUCUCGGGAUACAAACACGCAGGGUCAUAUGAGAAGAAAAUCACCAAACCCCCCCUAGGUAAACCCAUGUGAAGAAGGAAAUGGUGGACAAAGCAUUAGUCCAAAAACUAGGAUAAUUUUUUAAGAAACUCCAUGAAAGCACAAAAGAUAGGAUUUCAUGAUUUCCCACCCAUCUGUUUUUAUGUGUGCUUGAGAUGUUUUAAGUUCCUCUCUUUGUAAAGUGUGAGAACUGGAAAACUGUUUACAUCAAUUUUUACUAAGACAUCACCAGCUGGUACAUUCCAAACAGAAAGAUUAUAACUGCCAAACACUGAAUUUAACUAACAAGAGCAACAGCUAGUCGAUGAAAAAUGAAGUUUCCAUUUGAAGAUAGGGCCUUCAAAUAUUUUGUAAGCGUAUAACAUGAUGCCACUAAAACGUGAAAAAAAGGAAAGGUGAAAUCAACAACUUGAUAUAUUGUCAACAACGUUGCACUUUGCCAUGGCAAUAGCUCAAGGUAUAGUAUUUUACAAUGUUUAGUGAAUGGGAUUAAAAGUUAAAAGUAAAUUAUUCGUUUAUUUGCAAAGACCAAGACUGAUGAACAUACCAUCCUGUUUUUCGACUCUGCCUUCCCCCUGGUCAUUGAAGUCUACUGUUUGAGUCUUAAUCUGUCACGUUGUUUGUUGUCUUGAGUCUAUAAUAGUUUACACAAUAAAUACAUAGUUUGCCUUCAAUUGUUAUUAAAACCAUGAACAGGAUAUCUUGAAGUUCUGCAUCUACCUGUUUUUAGAUAAAAUAGAUAAUGUAAAUGAUAACAUUGUUUUAGUUAAUCCUGUAGAACGUGUUACCUCUGUAUAAACUUCCUAUUCUUGUGAAUUCUUACUUUUAUAAAUGUCAUAUAACAUUAUACAUUAUUAGUGCACUCACAGUAUCUUUUCAAUUUAACAAAGGAUACCAGAAUCUUUUGGCCAAAUUUCAAAUGCAUUACUCUGACAUUCUGUAAUUUUAUAUUGGUUGUUCGAACAAUGACCCUGAAAUCCACUUUAAUUGUUCUAAUGUAUACACCUACCAUUUUGAUAACAUUCAACUGUUCAACAACUAUGUUGGUCACCCCUGAAUGGGUUGUUGAAGAUUGUAUUUUUAAUAUUUUACUGAUAUGGUUAUGCUGUCAGAUUGAUAUAGUUAUAAUAUAUUGUUGGUGAUAUUGUGUAUAUUUCUAAAUGUAUAGCCGCAUGGCUUAAUACAAGACACUGGCUGCCGUUCUGUUAUAUGUAUAUUGCUGUAUCUUGUGCAUGAAGUAGUGCAUUAUGCAUAUGAUAGGAAAGCAACUACAGUGCCCUCCAAAAGUAUUGGAACAGUGAGGCGAAUUCCUUUAUUUUUGCUGUAGACUGAAAACAUUUGGG